GUCAAGUCAGUCGUGUCAAGCUAUUUUCUAACCUCUCCUAUUUAAUUGUAAUAAAUUCGUAAAAAUGCUAUUUAAAGUUACUUUUUUCGCUUUAUUUUUAAGUAUAAUAAAUGCACAAAGUGAAGUUCUACAAACAGUUAGUGACGACGAGUUACUUCAAUUGAUAAAGGAAAGGGAAAAACUUAUCGUAUUGUUCACCAAACCUGAUUGUGAUGUAUGUACGAAGCUGAACAACAAUUUAGAAGGACUAAAGGAAGACUUCAAGAAGCAUUUAAAUGCAGAUACUGUUAAAGUUGUGAACAGCCAUCUGGCCAGGCUGUACAGCCCAACCAAGGAACCUGCAAUUGUCUUCUUUAGACAUGGAAUACCUUUGUUAUACAGUGGUGAGCCUGAUGAAAAUGAAAUCUACGGGUUCUUGGAAAAGAACCAAUCACCGGCCGUCAAAGAACUCAAUGAUAAAAUCUUUGAGCACAUUACUCAAGCUGCUACCGGGGCAACUACUGGGGACUGGUUUAUUAUGUUCUAUGGUGCAUCAUGCGUGGAAUGCCAACGCCUGCACGCAGUGUGGGAAGGCGUGGGCGCAACUCUUCGCGGGCGAAUCAACGUUGCGCGCAUCGACGCCAAUCUAGCCGGCCUUAACACUGCCAAGCGGUUCCAGGUCUCUAAGCUACCGGCGUUCUUAUUUUUCCGCCUCGGUAAAGUUUAUAGGUACAACAUACCUAAAAACGACGUGAAAUCGUUCGUCACAUUUGCUCAAGAUUGGUACAAAAACGCAAAGGCAGAGAGUGUGCCUCUUGUCGCAUCACCAUUUGACGAAAUCGUGGAUUGGUGCGUUGAGAUGAUCAAAUUCGGCGUCGCCUUUGGUAUAGAGUUGAUUGAGAAGUACCCCUGGAUCUGGCAAGUCGGACUAAUCGGAGGGGCCGGCUUCGGUCUGGUGGCCAUCACUGGCCUCAUUGCGCUAGUCAAAGCUGGCCGGUCGAAACCAGCAAAGGAGACGAAAAAGGAGAAAAAGAGCAAAUGAGACGUGGUACUGUUUGACCAGUGGUUUUUAACCUUUUUUAGCCAAGAACUAUCCAAGUAAGUCAAAUUGGUCUAAGUAAGGGGAGGGCGAAACAUAUCGUGACGAUAUAAUUUUUCUAAAAAAAAAGUUGUACCUACUUUUCCUACCGAAUACGGUUCUAAACAGAUUCUCAAAAGUACAUUACAAAGUAAAUGUGGUGUACCUACUAUUUAUAACACUGACUUCUGGACUUCUUAAUAUGGACAUGGUAAAGAGACAAAAUGGUGCCAGCAAAGGCAUCAGUAACACCCCUGUGCACGAAUGCCAGCCGAUCAUGACAAAUUGUAAUGUAGCGUUCUACCAGGGGCCCAUUUUUCAAAGCUGAAAGUUACAGGCGGAAGUUUCUUUCCAACUAAACUUGUCAUAUUAGAUAUUGACUACCACUUGUAAAUUGUAACUUAUAACUUUGAGAAAUGGGCCCCAGGAUGCAAGUCCCGUUGAAAAAUUUCAAUGUAUGUGUAAUAAUAAUUUUGAAAGUUAAACCGGUGUUGUGCAUCAACACUAUUUAUGAAUUUUGAGCCCUCUUUACUUUUGAGCCCUUUGUUUUAUACAUUGUUCAGGCUACUUAGUGCUUCCUAGGACCACUGGUUAAGAGCCACUGUAAUGACUGACUCAGCAUUUAUUAACACAGUCUGACAACAAUUGUGAUCAUUUAUAUAUGUAUGUAAUACUGUGCGUUUACAUUUGGUAUGUACAAAUAUUUGUGUCUGUUUAUAUAUCUAAGUAGAUUUAUGCAAGACUGUCAAUGACAGAUUAUGUUAUUUUUGAUGGAGGGAUAGCUUUUUGCGCUCGGUAUUUGACUUUAAAUACAUAUCUAUAAGAAUAUAAGGUAUUUUUUUUCCUUUA